AUGGAUGUGGGGGCACAGGAAACCACAUACGAACCACUCGAGGGUCGCAGCGGUCGUACAUCGGGAAGUGGCAUGCGGCAUCCGACGAGCAUUGAUAGUCCCGAAUUCGAUACCCGCGCCCCCAAGGACCAAAGACAUGCCGUCUAUCUGGCACUCCUUGCAGCGGGCAUUGGAUUUGUUCUACCCUACAAUAGCUUCAUUAUUGCCGCGGACUAUUGGCAGGGACGCUUUCCGGGUCGUCCGGUGGCUUUGGACAUGUCCAUGACGUACAUCUUUGUGGCCUUCUGUACGGUUUUGUUCAACAACAUAGUGCUGUCGCUGGCUCCGUUCCAGACCCGUGUGCUUUUUGGCUACAUCGUUUCCUUUACCACAUUGAUCUUUGUGGCCGUCUGCGAGGUGGCCUGGCAUGCUUUUGCCACAAACACCGCUUAUGUGGUGAACAUGUCAGCGGUGGCAUUAACCGCCAUUGGUUGUACGGUGCAACAGUCCAGCUUUUACGGAUUCGCCUCGAUGCUGCCCAAACAGUAUACGCAGGCGGUAAUGGCCGGCGAGAGUAUUGCCGGUUUUCUGGUGUCUUCCAAUCGUGUGGUAACCAAGCUGCUUAUCAACAAUGAUCGCGUCUCGACUGUAAUCUUCUUUCUAACCUCCACGCUAUAUAUACUCUUCAGUUAUCUACUUCACGUGGCCACGAUUAAUUCACCUUUUGUUCGAUAUUAUGUGGAGGCGUGUUCCAAAAUUGUUCUUAGACCAGAUGAGCAGGAAAUUGACGGAGCUACGAGCAGUACAAAAUAUGGAGUACUCUCGAUGGAUGGAACAACGACAACGACAACAGCUGCACCACAUCAUUCCAGUGCUAAUGCCACGAAUACGUUGAGCUUCAGCAAUCCAGUCUACGAGCUGUCCAAUCCCACGGCUGGUGAGAGCAUCAUUGAGGGUCUUGGACAAUUGCCGGAAUUACCCGCCACGCCCCAUGAGCCAACCACGCCCACCACGGUGGCAUUCAAGGUGGAGCAUGUGAUAACGCCACGUCGCUGCCGUCCCAGUAAAUUGGGAGACAUUCGCGAAGGAUUCGUGACACGCUGGCGAGUGGCGCAAGUGAUUUAUCCGUAUAUGGUGUGCAUUGCAUUGGCCUAUUGUGUGACCCUCUCACUUUAUCCGGGCAUUGAGGUAGAGGUCAAUUCGUGCGCCCUGCGAUCUUGGAUGCCCGUGCUUCUCAUGUUCUGCUUCAAUACAUCGGAUGUGGUGGGAAAAAUCCUGGCUGCCAGUCCGUAUCCCUGGUCACGUCGUCAGUUGGUGCUUUUAUCCGGAUUGCGUAUUGUUCUAGUGCCAAUGUUCCUGCUCUGCUGUGCGCCGCGUCAUCGUCCCGUCAUCUCUGGUGAAACGGCACCCUUUUUAUUCACCAUUGCGCUGGGCAUCAGCAAUGGAUUGGCAGGAAGUCUGCCCAUGAUGCUGGCACCGGCAAAGGUUCCCGGCACACUUAAAGAGGUCACGGGCAACAUUAUGACGUUGUCGUAUAACAUUGGUCUCACAGCUGGAUCGCUUAUUGGAUACGUUUUCGAGGGAAUGCUGGGACCUCAGCUGGAUAAUCCCUGUCCCUUGUACCCAUAUACGCCCGCCUCCAUAGAUCAUUAUCACGGUCAUGUGCCGCCUCUGUUGCCAACGACAAGUGCCACAAUGGCGAUCAAUACAACGCUGUCUCCGCUGCUGCUUAAUACCACAAUCUCCAGCCUGUCCAGCACUGAGAGCAGCUCCACGAGCAUAAUUCCUGUUCCCGCAUUGGCCACAGUUAUUACCACAACAGCCCUGGCGUUGUAUAGCACAGUUUCAAGCACCAGCACGGAGUUGAUAAAUGCCACGGUGACCACGAUGCUAUCGGCGGUUUCAUCAUCAGUCAGUGACAUCAGCGGUGAACUGGGGGGCAGCACAACAGAUCCUCAAACACCCGAUGCACUAAUGCAGGAUAUUUAAAUCAACUAGGGGAAUUGUUUGGACUGAUUUGUUAGGCAGGCAAGCAAACAUCAAGUGAACGUAAUUGAAAGGUAUCUCAAAGAUACAUGUUGGAGCAUCAUCGUUGGCCAAGUGUUUGCGCGUCAAUUCUUUAGCACAGAGGAGCACAGUGUGGGAGAAUACCCCAAAUAAUCUAUCCUUUGUAUAGCACAAUUUGUUCUCUUUCUUAGAAGCGAAGUUUUGUUUGAAUUGAGAAUAGCAAUUGUAAGACCUAACUAUGUAUUUAGAUACCCUAUCUACACAAAUCUAUUUAUCUUAGCUAUAUGUACAACUCCAAGUACUUAGAUUUAUAUAAGUGUUCUCAUGUAAAUGUAAAAUUUACAUCUAUCUAUUCUUCGAUAUAUUAAAAACAACUCGUUAAUAUGAGAAUGAUCAACUUUAACAUGAACAUGAGAUGGACAGAUCUUAAAUUUAUGUCAACAUAUAAUCCAACUAAGUGCUAUAAUAUUGAUUUCGAGUUAUGUAUAAGAUCAAAUUAGAUAAGAGAAUUCUACAUAUACGAAUGUCUGAAUGUUUCCGAGUAUAAGUUAAUAAUUAGGCUACGGACUAAAAUAGGCUGGUUAAAUAUUGGAAGUAAACAUAUUGUUGGUUACAGAGCAUGAAUAUUUUUAUAUAAGGGGCUAGACAUAAAUAUUUGGGAAAUCAUUAGAUUAAAUAUUGAUCUGAAUGUGGCUCAACUAAUCAAUAUUUUUUUUAAACAACUUUGUUAAGUUUAUUAUUAUGUUAGGUGUGUUCUUAGCUUGCAAAUAUAAAAUUACUUUGUACAGGUGUGUUCCACAAUUCUCAAAGAUUUUAUUGUUUCGAACAUACUUUCGAUUUUGUGAAUUCGACAGCCAUAAGUUUAUUUAAAAUUUUAACAAAAUUAUUA